GCUGAUUUAUAUAUGAACUUGUGGCUGAGUUACUUCAUGCCAAUCUCUGAACACAUAACUAUAAGCAGUUUGCAUUCCGAGGAGAAAAAGCAAAUAAAUUCCGAAAACACCCAAGUGGGUGAUUUUGGGGUUUAUUCAUUGAAAGAAACUAGAUUCUCGGUUGGAUUAAUGAACGUCUCCAUCUCAAUCUCACCCGUAUCGAAGAGUGGUGGUUAUGAUGAAUAUUGGUUAUUUGAUGAAGGGCCACAUGAGAGAGAAAAUAGACGAUUUAGGUAUGUCUCUCACUCUCUUUCAGAUUUUGUAUUGUUUGUGAUUUGAUACCCAGAUUUGGAAAUCCAAUUUUUUUUUCCAUAUCUGAAUGACAUAGAAGCUUGAACGAGAAGAGAAUGGAAGAGACGAAGAGAAGUGACAGAUUCAACAGAGAAGACGCAGAGUAGUUCAAUGAAGCUUGGAAACAUAGAAGAGUUAUCACCUGAGUGGUGCAGCAAACCUGUAUUUUGUGUGUUUCUCUGUGAGAAACAUAACUCAGCCGUGUAUUUUGUAUUUAACUUAUGCUAUGUUUUACACAACUCUGUCUUGUCGUUUAUAUAUCUCAACCGUGUAAUUUAUAUAACUCACCAUACCUCAAACAUACUCUAAAAUCAGAAAAUGUUUAUAUAACUCAGUUGUGUCGUUUAGAUAACUAACUGUGUCUUUUAUAUAACUCAAGCAUACCUCAUACACUAAAUCGGAAAAUGAAAUUGAAUUACUUAUAAAAGUUAUAUUGAAACUCUUCUUAUAAAUAUCAAGUGAAUAUAAAUAAACUGAAUAUGUAUUUUCUUGAAUUUUCAAGUUGAGACUCUAAUUUGAUCUUGAGAUAUAUGUUCUCUUACAAUUACUUAAAACCUUAUAUUUGUGUACUUUCUUGUAUUUCCAAGUUGAGACUCUAACUUGAUCUUGAGAUACUUUCUUGACUUACAAUGUGUGUACUUUCUUAUAUUUUCCAGUGGACACACUUAAGAGCCAUAAACCCUAAAUCAUAUACCUUAAACCCUAAACCCUAAACCGUAUCUGAAUGGUAUAAGUUAGUCGUUACGUUCAUAUAAGUCAGUCGUCAAGUGUAAUUUUUAUCACGACGUAUUGUAUUUGUGCGGAACAAAACCAUCUCUUCAACUCUGAAUCCAAGACCAUUGAUUGAUUUUAAUCUAAAGGUUCAAAGUUAUAUUUUUGUUUAUCCUCACACUUCUUUCUCAUUGGUUAAUUUUUUUAUCAAAGAUCACAAUUUAUGGCCCUUGAUUAAAUGAAAUCUAAAUACCAAUGAUCAUAAUCUUCUUAAGAAGAAAUGUCUCUUUGGCUUUGAUAGGUGACAGCAAGAUAAACCAGAAUAUGUACCUUGUGGAAAAAACUUGGAAAGGUUGCAUCACUAACUCUGUUCUUACUAAGAACCAAGUUAGACAAAAUUUGGUGGAGUGGUCAAAACAGUCAUCACAAUAGGUGGUUUAAGUCAAAAAAUUAUCGUAAGUUCUAAAUCGAGAGUAAGAUUAGGUAUUGUUCUAGACCCAAAACUCUGGUCUCGAACAUCUCUAAAGCAUAGUAUCAAAAUACCGAUACACAAUUCCAAAAUAUAUCUUUUUGUUGGUACUUGAACGUUUAUGAGGCUAUACAAAUGGAGAGCCUUCGUACACUCUCAUCUAAUGCAAUUACAAAUACUCUGAUUCACUAAGUGUCAGAAAUGAGAUGACAACUCAUAUUCUAUCUCUCUACGAAUAGCUGCUCUAUGAGUAAAAUCUUAACUCAAAGUGAUUUUAUUAAAAUCCAAAACAGCCUAUAAGGCUAAUGCUCGAAAGCAACAAAGGUCCGACAUAAAAUGCCAUCGGCAACAUCAUGCUCAAAAACAUUAACACGAUACAAAAUUAGGGUGUAAACACCCCCCCCCCCCCCAAAAAUUCCGAUGAAGAACAUAUCGUACAAUCCUUAGCAUUAUCAUCAUCAGAAUCAUACAUAGUACUAACGAACUAGACAGCUAACUGUUGGGGUCAAAAUCGGUCCCAGUGAAAUCAAUAACUAAUAUCACCCAAGAAUUUUAUCCUUCACAAAAAUGAGCCAGAAAUGUUAAGAGAACAAUUUCAUAUGCAACGUUCCAUUUUGAACAAAGAUAUACAGAACAAACUCCAUAUAUUUCUUCCCAUAAAAGAAAUAAUUUUUUUUGUUUAAACAAGAAUUAUCCGAAAAUGUUCUUUCGAAAAAUAUUUACGAAAUAAAACAGUUUUACAAAGCAAUAUUUUGUAAAACGGAGAACGAAAGAGGCGUAACAAAGGUGAGGAAUGAGCAUCGCCCAAGCCUCCUUUCUCUUCCCUAAUAAAUGCCAAGCUAUCCUCAAGCUCUAUGAGCAUCACCAAGCUUUCUCCCUCUCUCCUUGAGCAGCGCCCAAGAUCCCUUUGAGAAUGAUGAGCAUCUCCCAAGCCUCAUCUCUCUUCCCCAAGCAUUAUAUGAGCUCUCGUCGAGAAGCGUGAGCGUCGCCCAAGGUCUACUCUCUCUCUUCAGAAUCGCCCAAAAUCUCCUUGAGAAGAGUGAGCAUCGCACAAGCCUCCUCUCUUUUCCACAAGCAUCGCCCAAGCUCCCUUGAGAAGAGUUAGCAUCACCCAAGCCUAUUUCCUCUCUCACAAGCAUCACCAAUAUCUCCUCAAGAAGAAUGAUCAUCCCAAGCCUCAUCUCUCUUCACUGAGCAUCGCCAUGUUCAUCAUGUUCUCACCAGGCCCGGCUCAUAAAUUAAUGGACCCUGUGCAUAAUAUAUAUAGUUUUCCACAAAAAAGGGCCUUAACUAGGUUUAACCAAAAAAUAAAAGGGCCUUAAUUAUAUUAGAUUAUCCAAAACAGGACCCUAAUUAUAAAGAAAAAUUUUGAAAAAAAAACUGGACCCAGUGCUUUUGCACCUCCCGCACACGUCAAGAGCCGGCACUGGUUCUCACUUGAAUCUCGUUCGAAAACGAGAAAUCCUUUGUUUUCCGUAAAAUUUAGCCAAACGGCAAGUAAAGCCGGUUAAGUUAAACACCGAUAUGUUUUCGACAAAACAAAGUUACUUUCAUCAAAACAACGGCACAAAAACCGCAACUUGGAGCGAAUUGACAAUAUUUCUGUGAAAAUUCGUAAAACCGCAUAACUUGUAAAACCGUCCAAGAUACAAAACAUCUCAUUUACGGCUUAGCACGUAAAGCAGCACAAUCUUAAUGACGGUCUACUUUACUUGGUGAUGAAUAAGGAAUAAAAUAUGAUAAUGGAAGAUUUCCGUAAGAGAUAAACUCAAAUCUUGCCAAAAAGGAAAUAUCGGAGGAAAUAUGGAAAGAAGAGAGAUAUGUAUCUAUGGAAAAAUGGCAAAACAGCCGACUUUGAUGGUGUAUAAAUAAGGUCGGGACAGAGAAGAAAUGGGACAAAAAUUUCGUUACAGAAACUCUUUUCACUUAGAAACCUUAGGUUUUAUUUCACUAUACUUUGUUUUUUAUUUUGCAUCUGAAUAGUAAACGAACGUCGCAAACAUAAUUUGAUCUCUUGUCAAAUAUUUAUAAAUUGAGUUACGUUCGACUUGAUCGUAAGAUUGAAUCCGAAUUGUAGACAACAUUCAAUAAGAUUGAAUCCGAAAUCAAUAGAAACCAUUUCAAUUUUUUUUUUCAUUUUUUGUGUUUAGGUGGUUAUGUAGAGAAUCAAAAUCAUUACCGUUUUCUUCCACUAUAAAUUUCGAUUGAGAAAUUUCGGUUCCCACAAAAUACAUUUCUAAAAUUAUUUUUAUAUAUUUGGGAUACUUUGUAGAAUCUUAAUGAAAAACAACUGAAAGUUCGUUAUUCGAUUCUACAGCUUUUUAUCAGGUAAAUUGGAUUGUCAUAAGCUUGGUGUUGUUGAAACCAAUUAGAAAGAUAUCAAGCUAUUAACAAGUUAGUAGCAAUGUGUUUAUGUUUCACUUUGAUAUUUUAAGAGUUUGAUAGUGUUAUAAAAUAUUUUGAAAAAAAUCAUUCACUUCUCCAUAAGUUGGAAAAUAACAGGUAGUUUUUUUUUUGAUAAAACAAACAGGUAGGUUAUCAUAUCGUUUUCAGAGUUCUGACAGGUUGAACAAAGGUGAUUUUGAAAACCCAUAACUUUCUAUAUUGAGGAUAAAACAAAUGUGAUACAGAUUAAUUGUUGUUUUAUGUGUAAGGCUGUAUUUGAAGAACGAGACAAGUAAUGUCGAUUCAUUUGUCAUAUUUUGUAACCAUAAAUAUACAGUCACGCGAUGUAAUUUAAUAUACGCGGUGUUGUAAGCCAAGGUUUUCUUUGACAGCUGUAAUUAAUCUACUUAAAUCUAAUCAAACUGCAAUUUUGGGAAAUGAGUGGAUCCAACGGAUAUUAAGCCAUAUUACGUGCAUUGAAAGUCCGUACGUGUGGCACAUAAUUACUUUUCAUUUCAGCACAAAAUGGAAACUAUUCCAGUUUGACCCAAUAAUAACUUCUCAGCAAACAACUUGUUAAGUCUCUAGAGUUAGAGACUUUUAGUUUUUGAGUAAUAGCAAAUAAAAAAACUAAGAGCACGUGAAUAAAAAAAACUAAGAGCAUUAUUAUUAUUAAUACUGUUUUUGUGCAGAUUUUAGUGGAGCAGCCAUUGACGCGGCUAGUGUGUAAUGGUUUGGCUGAGACUAAUUAGGAAUUGGGGAUUUGGCAGAAAACGUAAGAAUAUAGUUUUAAGAACUACGCAAUGAUCUUUAUAUAUUAUUGGCCUCUCCCCCCCUCGUUUGCGUGGAAAUGAGCCAAUACCGGAACCGGACCAGAAAACGGCUACAUGUAGUAAUAUAUUAGGGAAUGUGUUCGUCUCCUUAGUUAGACUUCCUUUUAAAAGUUGAAACAUACCAACUUCCUUAUAUUAAGCCAUGAGAGUAUAAAUUAUAUCUAUAAACUGCGUAAAUGUGAUGUUUUAUAUUACAAAAUAGGUCAAAGUUGGAUUCUAAAGAAAUGACUAUUUUUGGUUGACGAACUUUGGUAUGCAAGAUUUGAUACUUUAUUGGACUCUAAAUAUAAUUCAGAAAAUAUUUUUUUUUUUGUAUUUUAUAACCAUAUCACAUGUGUAAAUGAAAACGUUAAACAAAAAGAGGGAUGAUGCUAAUGAUAUACCGUAAUCAUCAAAAAGGAAAUAUAUUACUAUGUUACAAUUACAAAUACAGCGUAGUAAAUUUGAAUGCUAGGUUUGUCGCUUGGCAUUUCUACAAAAUGUAAGUAUUAUGAAUUUAUUUUUCAUUAGAUUGCUUCUUUAUUCAUUGCCCCGUGUCCACCUUAGUCGGAACAUUACAUGCAAAAAACUCGUAUUUAAAACCUGAAUAAACAAAAAGGACGGCUCUUGAUAUAAUUGUUAGAACACAAUUAAUACGAUUUAACCAUUAGCUUGUCCAGUUAUAUCAAUCUACUAACUUUGUUACAUUGCAUGGACGGCGAUACUAAAUAUCCGAUGAGUUGACAAAACACGGUAAAUCUAAAUAGACUGGUGGAAGAAAAAGCACGAACCUGCAAAUUUAAGCCAUAUUUCGUACAUUGGUAGGCCGUAGGUGUGGCACAUAAUUAUUUUUUCCUUUAAGCACAAAAUGUAGUGAAGAAGCUUAUUGACAAAGGGGUCAGAAACAAGUUAAGCCUAAUGAAAUUGAAAAGAGCAAAAGGGAUGGAUGUUGCUCUCCAAUAUUGGUUUAACACAAGAGUGUAAAUAUUCUUGAGUUUCAUUAGAAGUGAAGAAGUAAAAGGAGUACGUUUUUUUAUUCAGGUCUACACUUUGACGUAAAAAAACUUUUUUGAUGAAUAAAAAUUCAACAUUUAUUAAAAAAAAAACUCACGCUGACCAAAAAAUAACUGGCCAGCGAACAACUUUUGAAGGUCUCUCAAGUUAUAACAUCAGGUAGUAUAUUUUUAUUCAUGGCAAAUUAAAAUAAACUUAGACAACUAUUAUUAUUAGGGAUCUCUUAUUAUUAUUGUGCCAUUGACGCGGCUAGUCUAAUAGUUUAAGAACUACGUGGUGGUCAUUUUUAUAGGUUGUUGGUAUUUUCUCCUCGUUUGAAUGAGAAAUGAGCCAAUGGCGCACCAGAACAACGGAUAGAUGUAGUAAUAUAUUUUGAGAAUGCAUUCGUCUCCUUAGUUAGACUUUUAAAUGUUGAAACUUACCAACUUCCUUUAAAGUUAAGCCACGAGAUUAUAAAUUCUAUGUAUAAAACCUGCAUAUAUAUAUAUAUGUAUUGUUUUUAUAUUAAAAUUUAGAAAAUAGUCAAAGUUGGAUUCUGAAGAAAUGGCUAUUUUUGGUUGACGAUUUUUGUAUGCAAGAUUUUAUACAAAAUUCAUUGUUAGGAUUACGGGAAAAAUACUAAAUGGAAUAAAAUAAUUAGUGUUUUUCCCGUAAUGGUAACAUAAUCUCAUAUCACAUAACACGUACGUGUAAACGAAAUCAUUAAAGUUAACCAAAAGGAGGGAUGAUGUUAUAAAUGAUAUACCGUAAUCAUCAAAAAAGAAAACUGGCCUAAUAGUAAAUAUGAAUGCUAGGUUUGGUUUCCAAAACAAUGAAACGAAGUCUUAUGAAUUUAUUACAUUUUCAUUAGAGUGCUCUUUUUUAUUGAUCGCAGUGUAAUCUUAUGUGAUCAAUAUUUGAUGUUAUCUAUUAUUGCAUAUAUACCAUGAAUAGAUCAAAAUCUUAAUAGAUUCUAACAAGUGAAUCUAUAUUAUUAAAACUAAAAUAUUUUUUGUAUUACUUGGAAACAUGGUUAACAGUUUGUAUGUAAACAUAUAUAUCAGUAUUUUUAUUAUUUUAUUUUAUUAACACAUUUAGCCAUUACAUUUACAAUAAAUUAAAUAUAUUUUUUGUAUUUCUUUUUAUUUACAAAUUGUGCCACCACAUUUAAAAUCAAUUUAAACUAAUUAAUUACAAACAAUUCUGAAACUUAUCUAACCAAAUCAAUAUUCAUAUAUUGACCAUUAUUAAUAUUAUACAAAUAUUAACUAAAUUGCAUGUGUUAAAGAAAGAUAACAUUUUCAUGGGAUUAACUAAAUCGCCAAAUUAUAAAACAUAAAAAUAUACAUGAUUUGUUUUAUAAAACUAGCAAUUUUAUGAGUUUACGUUUGAAUACAAGUUAAAUCAAACAUCUGCGCCGCGCGGAUCAAAUUCUAGCAUUUAUUAUAUGCUCUAAAUUAUAGCCAUUUUAAAUUUAAAAUUAACAAAAAUAUGCUGUUCAAUUUUAAAUAUUUUAAAUUAUCUGGUUCCUCUUUAUUAUUUUAGAAUUGUUGAUGAUCGUAAACAACCUACAAUUUACCUCAAAAAGAAUAUCCAAAUGUGAAUAGUGAGAGUUUGAAACACAAAAUUUGAUACAAAUGUUUGAUGUUCGAACUAUUUCACACAUAUUAGAAAUAAUAAAAAGAUUAUUUUAUUUAUCAUUUGUUUGGUUUUACCAAUAAGUUUUAAUAUUCAUUUUUACAUUUUAUUUGAUGUUUUAGUUUUAAGGGCAAAUAUAUUAACUAUACUCCAAAACAUUAAUCUUUCGGAUACAAUAACAAAAUACGAAAACAUCAAUCAUCCGAUACGGAGGGAUUAUUAUUAAAAACUGUAACUAGUAAAUUUUCUUUAUCUACUAAUAAUAGCAAUCCCAAUUAAUUCUAAAGGUUGUGAAUCCACUUAUAUUCAAAAGGUUGUGUCUUUUGUAAAAAAUGUGUACAAAAUUGUGUAUUUUUUAAAAGUUUAAUGUUGGAAGGUUGUAUCUUCUCUAAAAAUUAUCUAAAAGUUGUGACUAUUCAUAUAAGUAUUUUUUUUUUAAAUAACUACUUUUAUAUUGGAAGAAUGCGACUAUUCAAAUUGAAGAGUUGUGACUAUUCAAAUAGAUUUUUAAAAUCUAUAAAUAGUCUCUACCAUGCAUUUCUCAAAAUAUAUUUUCACUAAUCAACUAACAAUAAAAUGGUGGAAAAAAGUUUUUAACAGUUACAUGGAUACAAAUUUUUAGAAAACAUUCAAAUGAAGCGUUAUAAACAAAAAAAAAUAUUAGAAAGAGUUUUACGUGUUUGGAUAGCUAAAAAUCCAAAACGAAGUAAUGAAAUCAUUAGUCUUAAUUUUCUUAUGAUAGAUGAAAAAGUUUGUCUUUCACACAUACAAAUUUGUUUAUAUGUUCAUGUUAUUGCCGUGUUCUUCUUGAUAUUGUUGCUAUUGUAAAACAAACCAACAAACCCGUAAUAAAAAGAUCACAUUUUAGUUUAUAUAUAAAUGUUUAUGUAAACUAUUUUAUUGUUUUAUUUGAUUUUGGUUGCAGAAUGAAUAACAUCGAUUUUAUUUCCGGUGUUUUCCCAUUUUCCAAUCUUGACAAAGGGAUUUAGAAUGCAGUUUCCGUUGUUUAUAUAAUUUUUGGAGAAUUCACUGGUUAUAUGGUUCAAAAUAUCGUAUAAAGGUUUGCUUAUGAGGCAGAAGAAAUGAAAAAAGGGUUCGAGAUCAGAGAUGACAUGUUCCUUCAUGCAUCAAUUUUGGAGGACCAACUGUAAGAUAUACUUUUAUGAUUUCAAUUAAGAUAUCUUAAUUCAACCUUAAUAGUGUUCUAAGAGAAGGAGAAAAAAACACUAACCUUGAUCCAUACUUGAUUAGACUUAAUAUAAACGCAACUCUACCAAUCGAUCUUCUCUUCUUUUUGGCCUUCAAUCCUUUAUGAUUCCCUUUGAUGAACCAAGGAAUGUAAACCCUUCUAUUCACGUUUAUAACGGUGGCUUAUACGUUACGUAAUGGUUUUAUUACCGACACAAACGUAAUUCUUAUUGCAUAUAAGAAAAGUCACUUUUCUCUCUAUAUAAACCACCAACACACGUGAGCAAUACAUAUAUAUGUGUUGUUGUGCCCUUUAUACUCUUUCAAACACAAACAAUACUUUCUACGUGAUUAACAUAUUAUAAGCACAAUCAUAAAUAAUAACUGUUUUACUAACAUAGAAAUAGUAAUUUUUAAAAAGAGUAUAAACUAUAUAAUAAUUUUAAUAUUAUCUCUUAGAUAGAAAUUUUAUAAAAAAAUUCAUGCGAAAAUAAUUGAAUUUGUUCAAGAAUUGGUUGGAGCUAAAUGUCAUACUGAAAUUGUAAGAAAAACUUUUAAGAGACAGAGACAUAAUUGUAUCCAAUAUUUGUUCUGAUAAAAAUAUAACCGGAACAUUAUAGUUUAUAUAAAUGUAUAUUUAAUACUUUGCAAAUCAUAUUUUAAUCACUAAGAUUAAUUUAAUUAUUUAUUAAGCAUAUAGGUUUCUAAAUUAUUGAUUGUAUCAUAUUUUUUAUACAAAUGAAUUUCCGUGCGAUUUCGCACGGGUUCUUUACCUAGUUGUUUAUAACAUAAAUUUGUCAUAACUUUGUAGAAUUAUAUGUGCAUGCUCAGAUGGGAUUAUUCUAAUUGAACUGGUAGCACGUAGCACUUUUUGUGACUCAUAAAUGCAAGAAAAUUCCCCCGUCCCACCAUUAUAGCAAGUGGUGUACUGGUGUAAUACUUUUUUAUCAAUUGAGUUUAGUGAAACAAUUUCGCACGAAGAAACAAAGAGAAAAGUACAUGUAACUACUACUCCGUUUCAUUUGUUUUUAAUUAUUUAUUCUGAGAACUACUCCGUUUCAUUUGUUUUUAAUUAUUUAUUCUGAGAACUACUCCGUUUCAUUUGUUUCGUUAUUCUUUAUCGUAUUAUCGUUAAACAUUUUUUUUCUCUGAGAAAUAUGGAUGAUGAAUGAUCAUAGCCAAGUCCUAAAAGCCGCCUAGUAACAUAAAUAAACAAAUAGGUACGGUUGGGCUCUGGAUAUCGUAGUUACAACUUACGACACACAUUAAUACAACUUAACCAAUUAAACUCGUCCAGUUAUAUCUAUCUAUCGACUUUAUUACAUUGCAUGGACGGCUAUACUACAUAGCUCAACUACAUAUCCCAUGAGUUGAAAAAACACGGUGAAUCUAAAGUAAACUGACGUAAGAAAAAGCACGAACCUGUCAUUGUCAUGUCACACGUUUUUGUUGUUCUUAUUUAAGUUAAAAAUAAUUUGAAGUCAAAAGAAAACGUACCACUAUAAAUACUGUUCCAUGCUCUUCAUUUCAUCAUUUCAAAAUCAUAACAAAAAGAAACCAAACACACAAAAAAAAACAAACAAAACAAAAAGAUGGUCCUCUUUGCUUUAACUUCACCUUCUUCUUCUUCUUCAAAGCUGAAACAACAUUCACACCGGAGCUUCUCUGAGUCUCUAAUGGAAGAUAGCAUCGAAGACGCUGAAGCCAUCAUUCACCAAUGGAUUUCGCCAGACUCUUCUUCUUCUUCAUCUUCUUUCUGCUGCACCUUCUCGCUUUUCUCCAACAAAAACAGAGAAGAAGCUAAGCAAUUCAUCAGAGCUGUCACCACCUUACACUCCGCAAUGGUCAAGCUUAUCUCCGCCAAUCCAGCAUCAACGAAGCUUAUCCGAGCAGAGAGUCUACUAAAGACCUCCAUGAACCAUCUAUCCAAAGAGUUCUACAGAAUCCUAAAAUCAAACCGACGCUACCUCGAUCCAGAAUCCGUCUCUGCUCGCUCUCGAAACUCUUCAAGAAACGUCUCCAAAGAAGACGAUGAUGCAGAAGCCAUGGCGGAUUUAAAGAUGAUCGCCGACUGCAUGACGUCAUCAGGAUACGGCAAAGAAUGCUUCAGGAUCUACAAAAAGAUCCGUAAGUCGAUCAUCGUCGAAGCUCUGGAGCAGCUCGGCUUCGAGAGUCUAACCCUCUCGCAGGUUCAGAAGCUCGAGUGGGAGAGUACGGAGAAGAAGACCAGAGUAUGGUUACGAGCCGCGAGAAAAGCCGUUACGACUCUGUUUCGCGGCGAACGGAUCCUCUCCGAUCACGUCUUCUCUUCCUCAGCCGCGUUGCGAGAAUCUUCGUUCGCCGAGAUCACUCUGCAAAGCGCGUUAGCUCUGUUCUCGUUCCCCGGAAACGUGGCGAAAUCUCGGAAGACGCCGGAGAAGAUCUUCCUCACUCUCGACGUUUACCAGUCGAUCGUCGAGCUUAUGCCGAGAAUCGAAGAAGUUUUCAGCUACGAUUCGACGUCUACCGUCAAAUCGCAGAUCGCCGGAACCCUAGCGAACCUCGAGGAAGCGGUGGUGUCGAUGAUCGACGAGUUCGAGUCGUCGAUUUCGAAGGAAUCUUCGAAAUCGAUGAUCUCCAAUGGCGGAAUCCACCAGCUUACAAGAUACGUCAUGAACUACAUCGUCUUCCUCGCCGAUUACAGCGAGGUGCUCGUUAACAUCAUCCCCGAAACGUCGUCGUUCGCUUCACCAGAAGAAGAUGAAUCCACGUCAUCAUCAUCAUUAUCAUCGCCGCUUGCGAAACGAAUCUCGUGGCUGAUUCUCUUCCUACUCUGCAAAAUCGACGCCAAGUCUCGUCUCUACAGCGACGUGGCUCUCUCGUACCUCUUCUUAAUCAACAAUCUCCACUACGUCGUGGUUAAGGUCCGUACGUCGAAUCUCAAGGAGGUUCUGAGCGAGGGUUGGCUGGAGAAGCACGAAGGGAAGCUGAAGAAUCACGUCGCGAAAUUCGAGGAGAUCGUUUGGGGAGAGCUGAUGACGUCACUUGCGACGGCGGAGGAGGAGGAGGAGGAGGAAGAAGCGGAGGAGUUUGUUAGACGGUUUAGUGACCGGUUCGAGGAAGCGUAUAAGAGGCAAACCGGUUGGGUUGUACCGGAUUCGAAAUUGAGAGAUGAGAUUAAAGUUUCGGCUGCUAUGACGCUUAUACCUGCUUACACGGAGUUUUACAAAAAGUAUCGGGUCGGGUUAAGGAAGAAUCUCGGGGUUGCCCCUGAAGAUAUUGGGAAUUAUAUCUCGGAUCUGUAUUUCGGGUCGGGUGGAUCAGGGUGCGUUUCUUCAGUUCAUUCUUACGUUUGAUAUUAGCCAUGUUCGAAAAUCGUUAGGCGUUUAUUCGUACGUUUAGAUUGGAUCUAGUGCGUUGGGAAAAAAAUCAAAGUAUAUUUAGAGAUUAACCGAAGAUUUAUUUUGUGUCAUUUUAAAAUUAAAUAUUAUUAGAUGUGGUAAUAUUUCGAGUAUGUAAGCAUUGUCUAGUGGUUUGUUCGCAUUUUUUUGUUUUUAUCAGUCUUGGUCCGUUUUUGUUUCUGAAACCAACAACACGCACAAACUUAGUUGAGUUAUGA